AUGUCCAAUCUUUGGGAGAGGCAUGGCAUUCUACACGGGCCGCCUUUCGGCCAGGCGCCGCUCCCCACGACGCAGCCGCCGGCCACGGCGCCUGCACACAUGCUGGGGCCGGCAGGAUCGCCUGGCUCGCGGCCCUUCAGUGCGAACCCCUCUUCACCCUAUGGCUCCUGGGACCAGCUGCCUGCAGGCCCCGUCGAUGAGGAUGCCGACCCUGACUUCGAGGAGAUGGUGAGCGACCUGCGGCGGAGCUUCGUCGGCUGGCUGAAGAAGGCGGAGUUGGAGACCAAGCAGCAUCGGAGUGAGUUGAGGCGGGGGCGUCAAGCCUUUGAGGAGGAGAAACUCUCGGUCUGGCAGCAGUUCAUGGCUGAGAAGCAGCGGGAGGUGGAGAAGAUCCGGGAGGAUCGCCGCCACGCGGAGGAAGAGAUGGCCACACAUUUGAGGCAAGUGCAGACAGACAUAGAAGAAGCUCGCUCGCGGAUCAGCGAGGAGCGGCAGCGAGUGCCUUUGAUUCCACCGACCGCGGGGGGGUUCGGCGCUGCAAUGGGCAACUCUGCAGUUGCGGUGAAGGGCAUUGAAGCGCUAUGCUGCAAUUCUUUGGAGGGGGAAGGGCAGGAGGACAUGAUCAGUCCUGAUUUAGCCCAGGCGCUCUUCAUGCAUGAAGUGCCAGUUCACGUGAACGCCACCAUGGAAGAAGAGGUUGGGCAAGCAGUUGCCAGCCUGAAAGAGAGUAGACCCAGACGCGGCUUGGAUGAGGAAGACCGAAGCCGGAGGCUACUACUCACCGCUGUUCAACAUGAUGAUGCUCCUGUCGUUCUCCAAUUCGUGGCAGAUGGCGCGGCAGCGGCCGACAUGGGCGAGGCCUUGCGCUUGGCCGCCGGCCGUGGCAGUGCUUCGGUGGUUCGGGAGUUGGUGGCUGUGGGCCUCUCUGUGAAUGAUGGAUGCAGAGGUACCGGCUACACCCCACUUCACCUAGCUGCAGCGGGUGGCCACGUGGUAGUGUGCGAGCUGCUGCUGGAUGCCUUAGCCGAUGUGCACAAACAGGUGGAUGGGAUCACUGCAUUGAGCCUUGCGCGGAAGAUGGGGAAUAUGGAAGUGGAGGAAGUGAUUGAGAGGCAUGUGGCGACUUUGCUGAUGCACGACCAGGGCAAUGUCGCCGAUGAGGCGGCCCAGUACCGGCGCGCGCACGUGCUGCCACGGGUCUCGGCCAUGCUCUCGGAGGCGGUGCUCCAAGCAGCGCCCUUCGAAGAGGUGGAGCAAGAAGGCUCUCAACGGCGGCGAAGUGUCGCGCACGAGUACGAGAAGUUUCGCCAAGAGUACGGCUUGUUCGAGGCGGAUCGCCAGCGUUUGGCGAAUCCCCAGCUGGCGGCGGAGAGCACGGUGGAUCUCAACGUGGGAGGGACCAUCUUUGAGACCACUCGCUCUACGCUGGUCCAACAGUCUGGAAGCUUCUUAGAGAGCCUCCUCUCCGGGAGGUAUCAGAUCAGCCGAGACCGCUAUGGGCGGAUCUUCCUGAAUCGCAGCCUGGCAAAGACACUGCGCAGUCCAGAGGUAAGUGACCCGGACCACUUCCGGACGAUCCUGAACUUCUUGCGGAACCCCCACACGCCGCCCAUGCCGCGAGACAGUGCGGAGUCGGAGGCCUUGGUGCAGGAAGCCUCCUUCUAUGGAGUGCAUUUCUUCCCUUUCCCGUUAGUGUUUGCUGUGGGAGGCCACGAUGGUUACGAGCACUUGAGAGCCAUGGAGGUCCUGGACGUGGGGAAUCAGUGUUGGCGCCCCUGCCGUGCGAUGGCCACCGAACGCACCUACUUCGGUGCGGCCACGCUGCGGAACCGUCUCCAUGUCUUCGGGGGACAAAACCUGGACUACAAGGCGUUGUGCGACGUGGAGAUCUACGAUUGUCUCCGCGAUACCUGGGAGGCGGGCUCCGCCAUGCGCUUCGCGCGCCGGAACUGUGGCUGCUGCGAGCUGGAGGGGCGGAUCUAUGCAAUCGGAGGCUUUGAUGGAACGCGCAUCAUCGAUUCCGUGGAGGCUUAUGACAGCCGCCUGAAGAGUUGGAUGCAGAUGGAGCCUUUACCUACUGGGCGCUCCUCCCCCAUGGCCACCGUGAACGGCGGGAAGCUUUGGGUGCUUGGAGGGACUAGUGGUACGAGGCUCCGGACCGUGGACGUGUUCGAUCCCCGGGCCAACCGCUGGGAGUCGCUGAAGACGGAGAUGGUCGAUGCGCGCUCGGCUGGGCAGGCCGCGAACUGCGUGCACCACGUCUUUGCAAUGGGUGGCACCGACAACGAUCAUAGGAUUCACUUCUCCGCUGAGUGCUUGGAUCCGGACGACCAUGUGUUCACCCUGCGAGCGCCCAUGCAGGAGGCGCGAAUGGACUUCGCAGCGGCUGUGAUCUCGGACUCCAUCAUGGUGACGGGCGGACAGAAUGGGAGUGUUUUAUCCUCGUCGGAGUUCUACCGCCCGGAGCUGGAUGAGUGGCAGGUGCACCAUUCACCAUUCUCUGCCCGUGACAUGCGCCUGUACAAUGCGGAUGUCGACGAAGCGGAGCGGAACCGAGAGGAGUUCGAAGAGUUUGAUGAGCCUGAAGAUGAGGAGUGUGUAGGCGUUUCCAAAUCCUUCUUCGACCUACGGCAGCGAACCUUAAGCGGCAUGGACCUUACUCCGGCCUUCCGCGUGGUGGUCUUGGGCCUCUCCCGGAAGCUCAAGAACAACACCAAGGACAGGGUUUUCUCAGAGCCAUCCACACGCACUAGAAUGCAAGAACAGCAAACCUCUAACCACUACUGCGAGGACUCUAUUCCUUAUUCCGAGAUGGAAGAUGCGCUGGGACGAUACUUCCGAGUGCUGGAUGCCGACAUGCAGAGGUUUGCCAACCUGCACGAAAUCCUUCGAGAUGCUGCGGACACUCGGAUGUUCCAGUCGGACAAGGCAGGUGCUGCAGGUGCCAGCUUAGUUGGUGCCCCAUCUGCUGUGAUGGCGACCCACACGGCUGGCAUCAACUUGCUGCAUGAUGGGAUGCGGGAGAUUGCAGUGGACCUGAAGCUCAACGCGCAGCGGUCGAUCUCGGCGGGCUCCGCUGCGCCGCAGAUCAGCUACAGCAAAUACGCUGACUUCUUAGAUGAGGCCUUGGUCCUGUGUGACCAGCUCCGGCGGAAGAAUGAGGAGACGGAGGGAGAUUUGAUUGGACAAUUGGGUAACACAGAGUGGGACGUGGAGCUGCAACAGCAACGGCUCCGGGCCAUGGCCAAGCUCACUGAAGCCAAGUUGGCCGCAAACCCUGAGGGCAGCGCGCCGUCGCACAAGCCGUUGUCCAUGGGAGGUUCCAACCCAGAGAGGCCGGUCUUGGAAGCUUGGCGAUUGCAGUUCGACGAGGAGUGGGAGAAGCUCGGGGGAGAUCUCAAUGACUUCUCCCCAUCCAUAGCGAUGUCGGGUGCUUCUUCGAGCUCUGCCGCUCCCAACACCGAAGCCCAGUGGGAAGCAGUGAUCAUCGGCCUGGGUGUUGGAUUGGAAAACCCGAAACAACGCCUGGAGUCUCCCGUGAGAGAUGCACAACGACUGGCUGAAACAGUGAAGAAGUGUGGCCUUUGCAGCGAUCCAAUCCUUGUGACCGACGACGUGCGGUUACAAAGUAAAAGUGACAUUCAAAAUGCUCUCAGCCGUGCUGUGCAGAAGAUGAAGACAGGCUCAAAGCUGCUAGUCUACUUCGGAGGGCACGCUUAUGAUACGGGUCAUGAUGACUUUGGUAUACCAGUUACAUCACAUUGCACAGACUCAGACGAUGAUUUGGGUGUUCAUGAUUGUGAUGAUACUUCUAGUUUAAGAGAUGACUGUUUUGGUUUAACCGUUGUAUUGCCACAUGGCCUGCAGCAACCAAAAGAGCUGUUCCUCCUCGAAGACUUGGUCAUUAGAACAGUCGCCGGCAGCGAAUGUGGACCUUUGAAUGUCCUCAUCAUCAGUGCUGCAUGUAGGCAUUGCCUCACUGGCGCGGAGGGAAGUCAGGAGACGCCGGAAAGAGAGAGGGAAUGGUUUCAAAGUAUGAAGAACCUGCCUGAAGCAUUUCUCGUAGAGGUGUUCGAGGCAUGCAAACGAUUUGAACAUCAUGAUGCGUUUGCUGUUCGAGAGAUGCUCGACGAGAUUGGAAGAUGCUACCAAGAUGGGACCCCAAGGGUGGGGAACAUGCUGAGGUUGGAGGAAGAGAUCAAACCAAUUUGGGAGCAAGAUCCCGAAGUGGACUUGACAUAUUGGUUUUGUUGUGAAAAGCUGGGUUUGUCAGGUGGUCAGGCCGACGAUUUGGCAACAUGUAUUUACAACGGUUGCCGAGCACUGAAAAUAGAACCUCACGUGUUGCUUGCCAAAGGAAGUGUGUGGGUAAUUUUGAUCGUUCACGAACGGCUUUCGCGGCAGCAGAGUGCCACCAUAGCAAAACUGUUUGAUCAGUUCAUCCAGGACAGGAAAAAAACAUCACUCUCUUGGAUGUUUGCAACGAGGCCACGGCGAUGGUCGCCUCUUCUAGUGCCACCAGGAUUGCGACAGGUUGUCCAGUUUGUGCGCUUCCUCGCUGAUGAACUCCCGCCAAUAUUGCUGUUGAACGUUCGUGGGGUCAGACCACUGGUGCUCAACUGGCUCAAGAGAACUGAACAGCAUCAGCAUUUGAAGGAAUGGCAGCUGCGAACAGUCUACCGGGGCAAGGACCUUGGUGAUGAUGAGUGGGUACAGGAGACUUAUAGCCUGCGAUAUUUAAUUUGCCAAGAUUGGACUCAGUGGGAUGACCCGGAACUGGUGAACGCUGUGAUGAAGACAGUGUUGCAACUACCUAAAAAGCGCAGAGGGUGUGAAUUUUUGGAGGGGCGUGUGGGUGCUGAGCUCGCAUAUCUUUACAAAGCGAUGAAUGCCACAAUGAAUGUACCACAAGUGGACACAAUACGCGAGCUGUUGCAGACUUCCACUCUUUCUCCACGAGCAUUGGUGAGGAGGUUGGUGACUGCGUUCUUGGAGCUGCAAACUGUGGAGCCAAAACAAGAACAGUUGAAAAUGCAGCCAGAAGACGUUCCAGAGGGGUUGAUAUUGCAGCCGCAAGACGAUUCAUGGAGAAAGGUGCUGUUUGGAGGAGAUGUCAGCCAUGAUUCCUCCGUUCUCCCGAUGGAGUUCAAUGCGACUUCCGCCCAAGCAGGAGCUUCGCGACCCCGUGGUUCAGAGGAGUUCCGCCCACCGAUUCCGAAGGGAUCCACCACGAUUGAACGAGAUGUGUGGCCUUCGUAUUUGCAUUUCACUUCGGUUAACAGGUAUUGGGAUUGGGGAAAACUACUUUUUUUUGUGCCCUCCGACCCGCAAGUUCUUUGCUCUCUGAGGGCGGCCAGCCGACAUUUCCGAGAACGUGUCGAAACUCGAUGGUGGAAUGCACAGGUGCAACUUGCGAAAAGCUUUGUCGAUCAACACGUUGCCGCAUUCUUUGGUCUAGAUGUUGGAGGGCACGAAGAAGAGCAAGAGGCAUUUGCGCGGCAGAUGUUGCUUUGGGUGAGGCCACUCCUGGUCAAUCAGCCGUGGAGGGCUGAAACAUCCGGACUUGCAGGGGUCACUGGAGAAGAUGUCACUCCACAGGCGGCAUACAUCAGUCUGAGGGGAGCAAUGAUCAACUUGAGUGAAAGACGGGACGAGGUGCUCCGAGACGUUCUGCAACAAGCACGCUACAUUGAGGGCCAUCAUUUGAUGCACAGCCGCACCGCACACACAGUGGUUUCGCAGGCCGAUCGUCGUAUGUUAGAAGGGCCCAUGAGUUCAAUGAUUGCGAACCUCGAGACAAGCGAAGUGAGAUCCGAAGAUGCAACAUCCGCUGCAGUGGCCCACACAGAAAUGACCAGAGAGGGAAAUCCUGUGCAAGAGUUUAUGGUGCUGAUGAGCCGCCACGGCAUUCCUGAUGAACAAGCUUUGGAGCUGUUUGCAGAUUUGCGUCGGGGGGGGUUCAUAGCAGAUCGUUACUUUUCUGAAGAGGAGGACGUGAGCGGAGACGAGGACAGAAGGCAUCAAGCAACUCCGGGGGAGUCUGAGUUUUAUCUGGGGGCAAGCUUCUCUCGGAGGAAUCCAUCAAUGCCUGAAGAUUUGCUUGAUUUUCAUGACGAAGAGGAAGCAAGCUGCUCCACUGACUCCAGCCUCAGGAGGAGGAGGAGGAGGAGACCCCACGGGCGUCGUCGGCCAACACCCCCGACGCAAGAGCUCUCAAUGAUGAUGCAGUUCGAUGCGCGUUUCGUCGAAGAGGGACCUUCACAACCCCGUGGUUCAGAGGAGUUCAGCCCUGCAGUUCCGAACGAGUCCGACACCAUGGACCGAGAUGCACAGACAGCGUGGGCUGCUCCUCUUGACUUGCACGGUGUGGAACAGUUUGACCCCCGUCGUGAAUCCUGGCGGAAACUACUUCUCUUUUUGCCCUCCGACCCGCAAGUUCUUUGCUCUCUAAGGGCGGCCAGCCGACAUGUCCGAACAUGUGUCGAAACUCAAUGGUGGAAUGCACAGGUGCAACUUGCGAAAAGCUUUGUCGAUCAACACGUUGCCGCAUUCUGUGGUCCAGAUGUUGGAGGGCACGAAGAAGAGCAAGAGGCAUUUGCGCGGCAGAUGUUGCUUUGGGUGAGGCCACUCCUGGUCAAUCAGCCGUGGAGGGCUGAAACAUCCGGACUUGCAGGGGUCACUGGAGAAGAUGUCACUCCACAGGCGGCAUACAUCAGUCUGAGGGGAGCAAUGAUCAACUUGAGUGAAAGACGGGCCAAGGUGCUCCGAGACGUUCUGCAACAAGCACGCUACAUUGAGGGCCAUCAUUUGAUGCACAGCCGCACCGCACACACAGUGGUUUCGCAGGCCGAUCGUCGUAUGUUAGAAGGGCCCAUGAGUUCAAUGAUUGCGAACCUCGAGACAAGCGAAGUGAGAUCCGAAGAUGCAAUAUCCACUUCAGUGGUCCACACAGAAAUGACCAGAGAGGGAGCUGCAGAGCAAGAGUUUAUGGUGCUGAUGAGCCGCCACGGCAUUCCUGAUCAACAAGCUUUGGAGCUGUUUGAGAGCAUGCAUGGGAUGGGGUUCUUAGCAGAUCGUUACUUUUCUGAAGAGGAGGACGUGGCAUCAAGCAACUCCUGGGUAGUCGUCUGA